AGUUCUGAUCAUUGUAUGUUUUGUAUGAUAUUUUGCUCCAAAGCAUUUGCUAACCAAGUGUUUUCCCAAUCGGACAAUUGGGAAAUAGUCACCAUAUAAUACUGUUAUUCCCCGUACAGUACACAGCCAGAGGUUAUUGAUUUUGUUAUAUUGUGUUUUAAUUCAGUUUCUUACUUCUGACAGUUUAAGCUUUAAAUGGAGUGCAAGAAUAUCUGGCAUGUGCUAAUGAGUUUAGCAGGAAUAUUUUAACUGCACGAGUGAGUUAUGUAUGUUAAAAACACCGCAGGUUUUCAAAGAUCACUGGGCGGAGUAUGUAACAAACAUCUAAGUGGGCCGAGAGUUAUGCAAAUCGCCAUCUGCGAGGUUUAACAAUGAUGUAAUGCAGGUAAGGCUGUCUGGAGCUUGAGCUAAGAACAUCUGCUUCACUACAAGCGCUGGAAUCGCUCGAGACACAAUGGCAACGUUCGAAUCUCUGCUGCGGGUGGCAGGCCACCAAGGCGAAGCGUCCUUGAAGGGGAGCUCUUUUGUCUGGAAGGAUAAUCGGAAGAUUAGAACUGACAGGAAUAUUGUUCUUUCUGUAAAAGAAGUCAUUGCUGUUAAGCAGGGACAAGUGGAGAUCACCAGUAACAAGAAGAUUUCUGUAAAUUCGGGCAACUUCUUCACAGUAUUUUACGUGAAACGAGUUAAGCAACAGAAGUGGACUGUUGCCCGUGUAUUAUUUGCAGCAGAAACCUUUGAGCUUAGCUGUUACUGGACUCGUCUACUGCAAGAACAUAUGCAGUAUUACGGAGAAACUCGUCCAGAGAAGUUGCUGGUGUUUAUAAACCCUUUUGGUGGACGCCGACAAGGCAAGAACAUUUACAACUCUCAAAUAGCCUCACUUUUUGAGUUGGCAGGAGUCAGUACCACUGUAGUAGAAACAGCAAAAGCCAAUCAUGCAAGGGAUUAUCUUUUAGAAGAAGAUCUUCAAGGAUAUGAUGGUGUGAUCUGUGUCGGUGGCGAUGGAAUGUUCAGUGAACUGAUGCACGGACUGAUUGGCCGAGCACAGAAAGAUGCAGGCAUUCCUGAGAACGACCCAGAUGCUGAGUAUGUAAGCCCAACUCUCAGAAUUGGAAUCAUCCCUGCAGGUUCAACAGACUGCAUCUGCUUUGCUACUGUUGGUGUGAAUGACCCAGUCACCUCAGCUCUUCAUAUUAUCAUAGGUGAUACUCAGCCACUAGACGUGUGUGGUGUUUACAGAGAAGAACAGUUACUGAAAUAUUCAGUUUCUCUUGUUGGUUAUGGUUUCUAUGCUGAUGUAUUGUCUGACAGUGAUAAACAUCGUUGGAUGGGACCUGUGCGAUAUGAUUAUGCAGGCGUGAAGAUGGUCCUCAGUAACAGAAGCUAUGAAGGAACAGUCCAGUUUCAGUUGGCUGAAGACAGUGCUACUAGUCCUAGAGAUAAUACACGCUGCAGAGCUGGGUGCCUUGUUUGUUCAGAUUCAACGGAAGUUCUGCCGAUUGAAGGAGAACUUGAGUCACAGCUAUGGGACAGCACAGAAACCAUUAAUGGGUGGAAGAGUGUGACUGGAAGCUUUGUAGCUAUCAACUUGACAUGUAUGUCCAGUGCCUGUCCAAAGAGUCCUGAUGGCCUUUCUCCUUGUGCCCACCUUGCUGAUGGUACAGCAGACCUAAUUAUGGUCAGGAAAUGCUCACGAUUCCACUUCCUGCGUCAUCUGAGUCGACACACGAACAAGAAGGAUCAGUUUGAUUUACCAUUUGUGGAAGUACACCGUGUGAAAGCGCUAAGAUUCAUACCUCUAGAUCAUGAAGAAACUAACUCAAAGUCUGUCUCUAAGCAAAAGAACUUCUUUAAAAGGAUCUGCAAAGGCUCACAAACACAAAGUGCUUGGAACUGUGAUGGAGAACUCCUUCCUUACUCCACCAUUGAUGUGAAGGUACAUCGCCAAUUAAUUAAGCUAUUUGCCCGUGGAAUCGAGGAACAUUCCCCUUCACCGACCAACAGCAGCUGUUGUUUCUAAGACUCAGUACAGCUGUUGAAAUGUUGUGGACUAGAUUGUAGUCUGAUGAACCAACCAAGGUCAGGAGACUCAUCAGGGCUGCUUUUCAUAGAGAAAAGUGGUGCUGCAGUAUUCAGGACAGCACUACCAUGAUGCACGCCACAUAUUUUUAGUCAUUCAUGCUGUUUUCAAGAGAAUGGAAGAUAAUUCUGCUCUAGCCAAAAAAAUAAGCUUCAAAACCAGCACUUCUUAAAAUGAUGUUGGCUACAUAUGCAAUGGAAAUUCUGACACCCAGGAUUAACAUACAAUUUGAUGUUGAUAAAAGCAGCCCUACAUGUCAUUCAGUGAAUUCCAUAACAAUAUGCUAACAGCAAAUUACUACCUCAUGCAAAGAAAUUGGAACCUUGGAGAGCUGGGACGCUGCUGUCUGCUUGGCUUCCAUGACUGCUUCUCCAGAUGAUUUUUUUUUGGGAGUUAGCCUUCGUAACAUAACUGACAAGAGUAGUUCCAGGGUAGAUGCAGGAUUUUUGUCUUGUACAAAAUUUCAGCUGAAGACAGUUGCUCUAAACAAAUUUAAAGUUAGCUAAGAAAGCUAAAUAGAUAGUGCAAAUGUUCAAAACACUUAAGUGACACAAGAGCAUAUUUGAACCCACUGGUGGUAGUUAAAUGUGGCUUCCUCAAAUGUAAGAAUUACUUUUCAUUUUGUUAAUGUGUUUGUACAUGGAAACAGUGUCUGUAUGUGAAGCAUAUUUCUUAAUUUAUACAGAAAGGGCUAUAAGAAUGCUCCCUAGAUAUCAAAAAGUAGUCAUCUGUAUAGCUAAGGUAGGUCACCCAACAGCUGUGAGUGAAACCAGGCAUCUACAGACCAACCCUGUGUUUGUACUACUAAUAUUAGAUGUCUUCGACUUUCCUUGGAAGCUUGAGUUCCAAAGGUUGAUGCAAGUGUUUAGUAUUGUAGCAUGUCACAUAUUUCAGAGUAGGCCAGCUCCUUUGCUGCAAAACAUGUCUAAUGUUAAAAAAUAUGUAGUAGCUUUGAAACUUCUGCACAGACAGUGUCUAAAGGGGUCACUCAGACUGCGAGUUGGGGGGCUUCUUUCAGAAAACGGUGAUUAGCAUCAGAAAUUGUGUAAUCCCCUUACAUGUCAUGAACAAGGAGCGUCUGCCUUUUGCCAACAAAUUGGUUUAGGUUUAUUCUAUAAUUUAUUAUGUCCUAUAAGCCCCAAUACUCCAUUUCCUUUUGAGAAAUUCCUAUAUGUGGGAUGUAGCUUAGUACAUUGUAAGCAUUUGUGAUCUUGCUUAGGCCAAAAGCAUGUUUCUUCCUUCAACAAAAUCUACUGUUGUAGUUCCAGUCAGUUGCUGUACUGCUUUGUUAACAAGCAGCCUGCUAUACUCUCGAACCCUACAAAUUCUGCACAUUUCUUUUCUGUUGAGGGAAUGAGGCAAUUCCAGUAUCCUAGUGCAACCACAGUGCUCAUGAAAAUACUGUCUGUUAAUCCAGAAAGAAGAACGUACAAAGACAUGUUUUCUUUGAGAUACCAGUAGUUCUUUUCAGUGUGUGUUGUCAUGGUUACUGCUUUUCCUUUGGUAUUUCUUCAACGAGAUACGAAUGAAGUGAGGAGACAGAGAACUUCUAUUUUCUCUCAUCUUUCAAUGUUCAGUGAAUUAGCACUUGCUGAAAAGGGCAUUGAUGAAUUAUGCAACUGAAUUGUUGCCUUUAUUUAAGCUAUUUAAUUAUGCAGUUUCUACUGCAAACGGUGCAUAACUGUAAAUGGUACUGUAGGGUUCUGGUCCAGGGCUUCAUUUAGCUUCUUCUAGAAAUGUUAAAAUCUUAGGCUUCUCAAAUUGAGGAAAACUAUUAUAGAAUAAUGAAACGGUAAAAAAAUAACUAUUUUCAGAAGAAGAAUAAAAAAUAUAUAGGCAGCUUUAAUUUUACAAGUGUGGAAUUCAUAUUUUUUUCAAGGAAGAUAAAAUCUGUUUAACUAGCGGUAUGUGCAACCUGAAAAUUAAUCUUUAAUCAAGUGACUUCCACACUUGUAACUCAUGAGAACAGUGCUUCCAGUAACAUUAGUUUUAAAUGAAGCCCUGUUCCUGACUCAAAAAUGAAGUCACAUUAUAUGGUUUAUAUCUUGCUGAAAUAUGGGGCUGGCUCCCUUAUUUAUAUUUUAGAACUGCGACCCAUUUCUGCUGCAAUGUUUUUGUAAGAAUGACUAGUCAAUGAAAAUUCAGGUAUGACUCCAAGCAAGCAAAUUUUAAGUAGUGCACUUACUGUGGGCUUGUCCUAAAAUGAAAUACAGCUUGGCACUUAUUUAUUUCAGUGGGCUGUGCCCACCUGCCUUAUCCAUAAGUCAUGGUGAUAUAACAGUAACCUAUAAAUAAAAAGUAAAAGGAGAUUCACAUGUUAAUAUCAUCCGUGUUUGUAGUGAACUGGUGUGUGUCUUUUUUCUUAUUUCAUUUAGUGAUGAUGAAGAUGGGACAAUAAUUUUAUGAGCUGGUAAUCAGUUUGUCCACUGGCCUCAGAAUCUGGUAGCCAGGCCUUCAUUUGAAGUUUUCAAUCUCUUCAGUUACAUGCAAACUGGUAACCAAGAUUAACUGUAAAACUGCAGUAGACAGGGUUGCACCAUGAUUAUUAUUAUUAUUUUUAUUAGUCAUUGAUGAACUGGGCACCGUGUUUAUCCCAUCCUGGUGGUAUGAAGUAACAAAUGACAAUUUCUUUCUGGUGAAUAAAGUUGCACAUCUAACCUCGCA